AUGAGCUCCGAGUCUCGCCAAGCCACCGGGGCUAGUGGCAAGGCCAAACGACGAAUGGCGGAUCCGGACGACGAUGGAAAGGUGAAUGCACAAGACGAUCCUGCCCAGCCCAAGCGGCAGCGGGUAUCACGGGCCUGCGACAGCUGCCGCUCGAAAAAGGACAAAUGCGACGGUAUACAGCCAGUGUGCUCGACAUGUGCAUCGCUAGGUCGACCUUGCACCUACAAGGCCAAUCCCAAGAAGCGAGGACUUCCCACAGGUUAUAUUCGAUCCCUCGAAUUGCUAUGGGGACUGGUAUUUCAGAAGAUCCAAGGCAGCGAAGAUGUGAUGCGGGCUCUGAUGAGGUCAAUCAACCUCCCGAGUCAUCUCGCAACCAUGGGCAAGGAAGCAGAAGGAUCGGAUACCCUGCUAUCAUCGUUUAAGAACAGUACGGUGCUGAGGGAUAUCGAGCGCAUGCUGGUGGUCCUGGAGCAACCGGAGGAAGAGAGAGAACGAAGCCUUCAAGCCUAUGGUGAUGGUGACACCCCACUGGACGUGGAUGCAGUCCUCGCCUCUUCCGAGGCACAGGAAUGGCAAAUACCAGAAGGACUCGACUAUCGAGAGACGUCAUUCAUGGGGGUAUCGCCCUCGCGAGCGUCCAUGAUCAGCUCUGCCCCGAGACCUCUUGCGCAUCGGACUCGAGAAUCCGGUGUGCAAACUGUCCCCGAGGGAGCGCAGUCACCUCCACUCGCCAUCUCUCUCAAUUCCGAUGAUUCUCGAUUGAUUCCCGCCAAUAAACUUCUCCAACUUCCUUCUAACGCAUGGCCCCUUCUCGAUAUUUACUUUUCUUACACACAAUGUUGGUUUCCUAUUUUGGAAAAACAUGACAUCCUCCGCACCGCGUAUCAAUACGCCGAAGGCGAUGUCUCCAUGUCUCACACCGCACCUGGGUCUGGUGAUCAUGCCGCAUUAUGGGCUGCUCUGGCUCUAGCCUCUUUUCAAGACAUGUCAGCCAAUGUUGCUCAUCCCUCCGAUCAAUAUCUCAUUAGCCCUUCGCGAAUGUACGACACGGCUCGAAAACUCAUCCCCUCCGAGAUCGGCCCAUACGAACUGGGUCAUGUUCAAGCAUUGCUCAUCUUGUCUCUAAUCAAGUUCGGUCAGCAGCAAUGGACUGCGGCGUGGAUGCUUGUGGGACAUGCUGUUCGCAUCGCUCAAACACUGGGCCUGGACCGGCCGUCGUUCACGGCUCCGUCAAGGUCCCCAGACAAGCAACUGGGGCGAGCCAAACACGUCUUCUUGGGGUGCUUUGUGCUAGAAACACUGAUUGCAGAGCACACCUCUCAAUGUCCCUCCCUACGAAAAGAUGAUCUCGCCCGAGUGGGACCUAUCAGCGAGGAUGGACUAGAGGAAUGGCAUCCAUGGGAAGAUCAGACAGCUUUCCGCCCAACUCAAUCUUCUCGUGCUUCUAUGCAACGUGGUCCUCUUCAUGCCUUGAGCACCUUCAACCGCCUGGUCUCCUUAGUUUCGAUCUUAAACGAUCUCUGCUAUUAUAAGCAAGACCCGACAAUCUCUCGUUCGCAGCUGGAAUCACUUGAGCUGCAGCUACAGCGAUGGGCCUCGGCGCUUCCGAAGAGCUGUCGCGUCGAUUUGCAAAAUCGACCGGUCAAGCUGCCCUCGCCUCACAUCUUCGGGCUUGAGAUGACCUAUCAAAGUAUCUUCUCUGCGUUGAGUCUUCAGAUCGCUUCACGGGAAAGCGAUCAAAAUCUCCCGGAGAUACCCCACAAGGGCAAGGCCAUCGAAGGCUCCAAACGCGUCCUCCAACUGCUUCAUGUCUUCAUCGAAACUUAUAGUCACUCGGCAACGGCGCCGACUUUUGGGAUGAUUCUUGGGUAUUGCCUCCCUGGCUCAACCUCCCGGGGUCUGGUGUCCGAUGUUGAGAUGGGCCUCCGGGCUCAGAUCGAAUCAUUCGCAUCCAACCUUAGGCAGCUAUGGAUUGCCCAGGAUCGAUCCCUGGCAGGGCAAGCCUCCAUGACGAGGAUUCAAGGACAACACCUGGAUAUUACUCCUACCACCGAAACCCCGACACUACAGCAUCAUAUCAUGCCAGUAUCUACUCCUCGCCAUCUCCUCUCUUCGACCGACCUACAGCCUACUCAAAGUGACCAUCUUCCCCCGUCCGAAUCUUUCCUCUCCACUCCUUGGCUCCGAGCCACCCAAGGCAUCGACGAUACUGGCGCUCUGAUCCAUACGCCUACCCCAUCGAUGACUACCGUCGGUGGUGCCUCGGAAGUCUCCGCACAGCCAGGUCAACUAGACGGACUUCGACAGUCUAGUACAUCUGCUCCGUCUAAACCUCAAAACAUUAUUCCCGAUUUUCCUCCCUCGUUCCCCUCGGCGGGGCAGUAUUCUACGUACCAAGACCCUUCCCUCAACAUCAGUCCCUUUGUCGACAUGGACGGCUAUGGGCCCGCGAGACGUCAACAGCCACAGCGAAUCGCACCAGAUCUUGAUGCCUUGUUCGACGAGCUUGCGUCACUGGAUGGCGCUGAAAAACCUGACAAUUCAAAUGAGUUUAUGCAAAACCUCGGCUUCGUCGCUGAAAGUGGUGUGCCGGAGCUGUUUUCCUUUUCCAGUCAGAUUGAGCCGUUCCUGUUGGCGCAAACGCAACAAUUACCGGGUACUGCGCCUCCGUCUUCAGUGCGACAAGAGUCGCUCAGUAUAUCUGGAACGCCCAAGAGGUGA